UGCCCCCAAAAAUAAAUAAAUAAAUAAAGUAGACAGAGUAUGGGAGACUUGGGCUCUUCCUCCAAGAGAUGCAUUAUGACUGCAUUAAUCCAGAGGACUAUGUAAGAAAAGUAAAUGAUCCCAGCAACAAUUUGUUAAAUAAGCAAACAAUCCAGAAAUUAGGGUCAAACAGGGCGCUCCAAAACCAAAUUUAAGAGGAGAGGGAAACCUGAAGAAAGAUUAGGAGACCCAACAGCACGAAAUCCAGGUUGGGAAUAUGUGAGGAUAACACCUGGAGUAGGCCGGGCACCAGCAGGCAUCACGUGUCUGUCCUCCCCCCACACCCAGAACAGGGUGAGGCUAGAGAGGAAAAUCACCCAAGUCCACAUGAGAGAGCUUUGGGGUCCUUUCAAUCUCUCAUCUCAUUUGAUAAUGAUCUUGCCCUUUGCUGGUCAAGACGUGCCGGUGAACAUGUUACUUACACAGCCUCCCCACUCCUUCCCCUGAAAGUGAGAAAUGUUCUGGUCUGGUUUACUCUCAACUAUUUUUUCUGGUUUUCCAACGAUUUUCAAGGAGUUGGUGAAGCCGUGUGAACUACAACUUGAAAAUACUUCCCAAUAAGUACAGAAGCUAUUCUUACAACAGCGUCACAGGCAGAGGUCAUGGGCAGGCAUGGGAAAGAUCCAGCCUCCUGCUGGCUGGAGCUCUCGCUUACCGGGUCGCUCUCUCCUCUCUCUCAGUACCCAGUUUCAUACCAGCUACUAUUUGGUCAAGCCUGGAUCGUUUGUCACCCUAAGCACAAAUCAGAUUCAACUCACAGAAGCACAGAGUACAGCUGGGCUCCAAAGAGGACUGGACAUCUGUGGUACUUGACAUUCAAGCCUUUGGCGAGAUGUCAACAUUUCAUGGAGCACUUUAAAUGUUUUGGUUUGAGAGCUAAUGCAGCAUUUCCCACUGGUCAACACCAGCAGUCCAGGCAGAAAGCAAAGUAGAUUUCCCUCAACAUCAGAUGUUAACACUCAGUGGUUGAUCCAAUCUCGCCUUCAGAGACCAUAAGAGACUGGAUAAAUUGGAUCAUUAGGGAAGAAGCACCUUGGCCACUUCAAGAUGACAAGCACUCACUGGGCUAAAUUACUUCAUUGAAAGGAAACCUCAUAUUAGACAAAAAUUUUAAAACGCCUCGCCUUCAGAAGUUACCAAACGAUGAAUGCCACCACUGCCCCACCUGCAGAGGGGUCCUGCCCCCGGAACACCCUCAUAAUCCAGCAAAUCAUCCCCGUGCUGUACUUCGUGGUCUUCGUGGCCGGGAUCCUGCUCAACGGCGUGUCCGGGUGGAUAUUCUUCUACGUGCCCAGCUCCAAGAGUUUCAUCGUCUAUCUCAAAAACAUUGUCGUCAGUGACUUCCUGAUGAGCCUGACUUUUCCUUUCAAGAUCCUGGGAGACUCGGGCCUCGGCCCCUGGCAGCUGAACGUGUUUGUGUGCAGGGUCUCGGCCGUGCUCUUCUAUGUCAACAUGUAUGUCAGCAUAAUGUUCUUUGGGCUCGUCGGCUUUGACAGAUAUUAUAAAAUCGUGAAGCCUCUUUUGACUUCGUUCAUCCAGUCCGUGAACUACAGCAAAGUCCUGUCGGUGCUGGUGUGGAGCCUCACGCUGCUGCUUGCCAUUCCCAACAUGAUCCUGACCAACCGGAGCGCCAGGAAGGCCACACGCGUUAAAUGCAUGGACCUUAAGAAUGAACUGGGCCUCAAGUGGCACAAAGCCUCCAACUACAUCUUUGUAGCCAUCUUCUGGAUUGUGUUUCUUUCCUUAGUCAUUUUCUACACUGCUAUCACGAGGAAAAUCUUUAAGUCCCACCUUAAGUCCAGAAAGAAUUCCAUCUCGGUCAAGAGGAAAUCUAGCCGCAAUAUAUUCAGCAUCAUGUUCGUGUUUUUUGUCUGUUUUGUACCUUACCAUGUUGCCAGAAUCCCCUACACUCGGAGCCAAACAGAAACCCAUUACAGCUGCCAGUCAAAAGAAAUCCUGUUCUAUGUGAAAGAAUUCUCUCUGCUAUUGUCAGCUGUAAACGUAUGCCUGGACCCCAUUAUUUAUUUCUUUCUAUGCCAGCCAUUUAGAGAAAUCUUAUGUAAGAAAUUGCAUAUCCCAUUAAGAGCUCAGCGUGACUCAGAAACUUCCAAACCCAAAAGGGGAAAUAUAACACAAGAGAGCACAGAUACUUUGUGAAUUCCCACCUCCUUUCAAAUAAAGUCUGUGCAUGCAUAUUGUAAUCUUCAAUUACAUAAUAAAGAAAAAUGAAUAAGAAGCAAUGUCCACGAUAAUAAGUAUCAUCAUCUCUAGGCAUUACUAUUCAAUUUAGUACAAUAAUAAAACUAAAAUGUAAGUUUCCAUGCUUGUUUUUGUACCAUGAAAGAAAAAAUAAUACAUUAUUUAAUCUUAUCCCAUCAAAAUAGAAGGUUUAAAUUUAUAAUCAAUAGUCUGGUCAGUUAAUAUAGCACUUUAAAUAGCAGUAAGGAAAACAGGAAGCAAUCACGACAAUUCACAGGGGCAUCUUCCUUCUUCUAAACACAAGAAUUAAGUUGGCAUAUUAUGCAAUUUUUUUCAACAGGGUCAUUAAAGACCAACUUAAAAGCAGGCACAGUCUGAUAAAGGAUUAGAGGCCUGUUUGUAGUGAAAAAGUCAAGUCUUCUCUGAUUUGAAGAAGCAGGAUAAGCAGACACCCAAAAAAUUACUUAAGAAAUCCCCCACUGAUUUAUUUCAUGGCAUUUCAAAGGAAAGCAGAUAUAAACUCUGUACAUCGCAGCAAAAAAUGUAAUUUUUCUCUGAUAGCAUUUUGAGGAUGAUAUAAGAUACAUCUUAAAUAUGUUUUAUAUGAAGAUUAGCUAAGCCACUUAAUGAGCCUAGUGUUCUGGUGUUAGAAUAUGUUUAAGUAAACUCUACAGAGGGAAUCUAGAUAGUGGCAUAAGUUGCCAGAAACUUCCCCUGUUCAAUGGUAUGGGAAAAAAAUCUAGGAUGUCUGGGAAAAGACAAAUGCACACAAAUACCCCCAGCUGGCAACACACUUUAUUCCCUAGGAGCAGAGAAAAGCAGUUUUCUUAGAAAGCAACUGGACUUGAUAAAAAGAAAAUCUAAAAUUUACAGUAAUGAGUGAGAAAUUACACAUAAAAUGAAAAUUUACACAUCAUAUUUUCUGAAAAACAAAUUUCAUAUGUGCAGAUACGGGAUAUGGUUGCUGGCUUGUGAGUUAUCAAAGCUCAGUUCUUUCUCUGCUAUUAACUGGCUGGAAGACAUUUAGCCCAUCUUUCAAAUACUCUUGUCAAACAUUUUUGUAAGUCAUGUUUUCAUAUAUAUAUAUAUAUAUAUAUGUAUGUAUGUAUGUAUUUCAAGCCUUACCAUAUAUGUGCUAAUAAAAAAUAUUUUUAAUAGUGUCAAGUUUUUUCUUAAGUCAAGAUACCAAAAAACACUACCAGAUUUACUCAUAGUCAAGACAUGGGUGGUUUCUUUAGUACACUCAAUUACAAAUGCUAAUAGAAUACAAAGAAAGAAGGCAUGGGAAUACCCAGGAAGGAGUGGCAUAGAGUAUUUUUGAAAUUCUAUUUGCCACUGACUUUUCAAAAUAAGUAUUUCAUAUGUUCUUAGGACCUCAUCAGAUUUUAGGCAAAACUGAGAAAACACAUUUUAAACUGAGGAAGAGCUGAGAAGAAUUUCGCACUCUGUAUCUACCUUCCACCCUCAUGAAAGCUCUCUGCUCCCAACUCUGGGUCAAAUAUCCUCUCCCAAAAACAACUAAAUCACAAACCUAUGAUAAACGUGCCUGGCAAAACUAAGCUUGCUAUAGAAUUUUUUUGGCUAAAUAUAUUUGCAAAAGAAAGUGGCUGUGUUUAUUCACAGUUUCCACUGGUCAGGACAAAUUAGUAAAUACUGGUGUUUUAUAUGUCCCCUACUGGGCCACAGGAGAAAUUGAAAUUAUAAAAGAAGAUGAGAAGCACCAAGUUUUGCCUUUGUAACCACUGUGCCAAAGCAAAUCAGAAAUAUGAAAGGCAAUAUUUUUCAGGAAACAAUAUGCAAUGCAAAUAAGGAUAUCGUGAAGCAAGAGUUGAAUAACAGCUACUGCGUAUCAGAACUUUUAAGGUAAAAGACUUGUACUUGGAAAACUGUAAGACACUGAAGACAACACACACAAAUGGA